UAGCGGAAAAACGAUUAGAGCUCUGUGGCAGCGUGACGUGGGGAGGGGAGCAAUUGUCCCAGACACCUCAACGGCACAAUGGCGUGGUUAACGAGGACCCUCGAAUGCAACACUAGCGCUCCACACAGAUGGAGGCUGGGCUAGCGGCUGCUUGGCGACCAGCUGCUCGGUGACUGCUCCCCUGGCGAGCGGUGUCGGGGGUUGGGGAGUUUUUCGGCGUGAACGGGUGUGGCGUCGCCCGGUCCCAGCUCGAAUGUGACCCGGGGCGGGGGAGCCGACGGUAGAGGCGGACGUCAUUACAUCGUCGCCUCGGCUAGCGUGAGGUUAGGCUAACAGCAGGUGGCUAGCUCAGCUGUUGACAAUUAGUGUGACUGUUUAUGCUCGCUUUGUCGCGUAGCCUCCAUAUCCUCGUAUUAGCACAACAUUGUUAAAAAAGCGAUAGCUCGCUCAAAAUUCAGUUGUAAAAAAAAAAAAAAAAAAAAAAAUCAGUAGCAAACAGCGAUGCGAGCAAUUACGUGACUGUUUGCUACACCGAAGCGAGCACUGCGCAUAAUGACUGAUUAUUAUGGCAUGGCUCAGCCUGGUCUGUACUGGCAAGUUUGCAUCGAGGACGAGCAGGAGGACCGGAUGUCCUCCUCUUCUCCGCUUCCGUCCCCGGAUUUGCUGGAUGAGGACGCUUCCGGCGUCCCUCCUCCGGAUUGCAAACGCAGCCCGGCGGGGGACAACUGCGCCCAAGCGGGCGAGCCCGUCGACGGAGCCGGCGAGUCGGAGACGAACGGCCACCACCACGCGAAUGUGCAGCCUCCUUCCGGCAACAACCAGAGCGAGGACGGGGGCAAGCCUGCGAAGAAGAGGAGACCGGUCAGGGUGGACACGUCCAAAGCCAAAACCUCACUGGAGGCGGUGAAGAUCAGCAUCAAGCAGCUCAAGUGGAAAGAGUUCCCGCUGGGACGACGAGCGCCAUGCGACAUCUACUGGCACGGCGUCUCCUUCCACGACAAUGACAACAUUGUGUCAGGCCAGGUGAACAAGUUCCCAGGAAUGGUGGAAAUGUCGCGUAAGAUCAACCUGAGCCGAUCAGUGAGGAAUAUGCAAGAGCUGUUCCCCGAGGAGUACGACUUCUACCCGCAGUCCUGGAUCCUUCCUGAGGAGUACCAGCAGUUCUCCACGCAGCUCCGCAUGGCGAAAGAGAGCGGUGACGCGCUCAACUCCACCUUCAUCGUCAAGCCCGACAGCGGUUCUCAGGGCGAGGGCAUCUACCUCAUCCGCGACCUCACCGAGCUGCGGCUGACGGAGGGCCCUCAGGCCAAGCAGGUGGUGGUGCAAGAGUACAUCCACAAGCCGCUGCUCGUCGACAAGCUCAAGUUCGACAUCCGCCUCUACGUGCUGCUCAAGUCGCUGAACCCGCUGGAGAUCUACAUCGCCAAGGAGGGUCUUACACGCUUUUGCACUGAGCCCUACCAGGAGCCGAGCCAAAAGAACCUGGGCCAGGUCUUCAUGCACCUGACCAACUACUCCCUCAACGUCCACAGCGACAACUUCAUCCACUCGGACAGUGAGAGCACGGGCAGCAAGCGCACGCUCUCCAGCGUGCUGCACCGGCUGGCCGACAAGGGUGUGGACACCAAGCGCGUGUGGUCGGACAUCAUCGCUCUGGUCAUCAAGACCGUCAUCGCCGUGGUGCCUGAACUGAAAGUGUACUAUCAGGCCGACAUCCCGCCUGGGAAGCCUGGACCAACGUGCUUCCAGAUCUUAGGUUUCGACAUCCUCCUGAUGAAGAACCUGAAGCCCGUCCUGCUGGAGGUCAACUCCAACCCCAGCAUGAGAAUAGAGCACGAGCAGGAGGUGGCGCCGGGAGUCUUCGAGUGUGUUCACAGCCCAGUGGACGAGGAGGUCAAAGUGGGCGUGAUCAGGGACACUUUGCGCCUGGUGGACCCUUGCGGCAGAAAAACAUCUCUUUCGCAUGUGAAGGCCGCCGGGGACGAGGCUCUUGCUGAAGUCCAGGACCGGAAGCAGCAGGAAGGCGGCGCCAUGCCCUCGCCGUGUCUCAAGCAGGUCUACCCAAAGUACAACCGGCAGUUCAAUUACCUGCGACUGGUGGAGAGGAUCGCCGCCCUCUUCAUCCGCUUCCUGGGGGUCAAAGGCAACAUGCGCUUAGGCCCCACCGCGUUCCGGACGUUCAUCAGGAAUUGCAAGCUCAGCAGCAGCAACUUCAGCAUGGCGUCCGUGGACAUCCUCUACAUCGACAUCGCACGCCGCUGGUCCGGAGGUUUCCCCGACUAUCGGGAAGCAGGUAUGGGCCUGCAGGCUUUCGUGGAGGCCUUCUUCUACCUGGCGGCGCGCAGGUUCAAAUCCCGGUUGCCGAAGGAUCAGACGCUGUCGCUGCUGGAGCUCUGCGAGGCUCGGCUGGAGUCCCAGGCGGGCGUGGAGGAGCGGCGCUCGCUCAGCUGCAGCAGGUCCACGUCGCAGGGCGUGAAGAACCCCAGCCCCGCCAACCCCAGGCUGGCCUCGCCGGCCGCCACGCGCAGGGCCUCCAGCCAGGAUUACCGGCUGCACCCGAGACGGAAGCCUUGCGCGCUCAGGUCCAACAUGGAGAACUGAGGCGGCGAUGGCGAGCGUUUACAUUCGAUUUGAAGGCGUGAGAAGGUUGGUGCUGGCAUUUUGAACAAUAAUGAAGAAUGUGCUUGCAGAUCCGACAAGGCAGCUUUGCUUACCUUUGCCUGGCAACUCAUAGUGUGGCUGCUUUUACUACUGCUGACCAGGAGAUACACGGUACUAUAUUAUUAUUAUUAUUAUUAAUAUUUAAUUGUUGAUCCUGAGGAGACACUUUGCACAGAAAUGCAUGCAAAUUUUCUUUUUUUUAACUCCAUUGAUGAGUUCCAUGAACAUGACAGACGUGUCGCAGGUCGAACACGCACACAAAUGAUAAGAAUAUUUGACUUUGCACGUCGUCUGUCACUGAACACAACUAUUGAUGUCUAUGUGAUGUAAGAGAUGAUCAUUUAAGCGUGCGGGCAGCCAUCUUCCUUAGAGUAGAUGAAGUUGCUGACAGGCCAUGUUUGCUAAAUAAAUGAUGAAUUAGCAGAACUGCGGAUUGGCUCUCAUUUUCUCCAACGCGCUCAGUCUACCUUCUAACAUCACCUCACCCCUAAACAUAAACUAGCAUCACCUAUAAAAACAUCACUUAACGUGUAAAUAAAAAUGAUCGUCGCCUACAUAUAAAUAUGAACAACUAACAUUACGUACAUAAAAUACAUAAAAACAUUACGUCAUCGCCUGCAUGUAAAUGAAAACUACUAGAUCAUCUAAAAAUACCAUAAAAAUCACCUAACAUCUAAAAAAAACUAACAUCACCUAGAUAAAUAAAAUAAAACAUCACCUGCAUACAACAGAUAAACUACUAACAUAACUAUAUAAAAUAAAUAAAAACAUGUUGUACAUAUAAAUAAAAACUAACAUCACCCACAUAAAAAUUAAAAAAAAGUCCUAAAUGUAAAUAAAAACAUCACCUUCAUUUAAAUAAAAACAACUAACGUCACUUACAUAAAAUAAAUACAAACUAACAUCACCUACAUAAAACAAAUAAAAACCUCACCUACAUGUAAAUAAAAACUGACAUCACCUACAGAAAAUAAACACCUACAUGUAAAUAAAAACUACAAACAUAACUGUACAAAAUAGAUAACCAUCACCAUGUAAAUAAAAACUACUAACAUAAUUAUAUAAAACUAUAAAACACUUAAAUAUUACCUACAUGUAAAUAAAAACUAACAUAACUAUAUAAAAUACAUAAAAAUAUCAUCUACAUGUAAAUAAGAACUACUAACAUAACUACAUAUACCGUAUUUUUUGGACUAUAAGUUGCAGUUUUUUUCAUAGUUUGGCCGGGCUCCAGUGCGACUUAUAUGUUUUUU